CGGAGAAAUCCCCUGCCAGCGUUUAUAGGGCGCCGCGGCGGCGCUGGCGAGCCCACAAGAGUCGCAGCCAGCGGUCCUCCCCUCCGUGACACUGCGAGGCAGCGAGCGCGCAGCCCGCGGCUCAGCGCACCUGGGCCGCAGCGCCAGAGCUUUCACCGCGCCAUGUUUCAGCCCGCCGAGCACGGCCAGGACUGGGCCAUGGACGGUCCCCGGGACGCGCUCAAGAAGGAGCGGCUGCUGGACGACCGCCACGACAGCGGCCUGGACUCCAUGAAGGACGAGGACUACGAGCAGUUGGUGAAGGAGCUGCGGGAGAUCCGCCUCGAGCCGCAGGAGGCGCCGCGCGGCGCCGAGCCCUGGAAGCAGCAGCUCACCGAGGACGGAGACUCGUUCCUGCACUUGGCCAUCAUCCAUGAAGAGAAGGCACUGACCAUGGAAGUGAUCCGCCAAGUGAAGGGCGACCUGGCCUUCCUCAACUUCCAGAACAACCUGCAGCAGACUCCACUCCACUUGGCUGUGAUCACCAACCAACCAGAAAUUGCUGAGGCACUUCUGGAAGCUGGCUGUGAUCCUGAGCUCCGAGACUUUCGAGGAAAUACCCCCCUACACCUUGCCUGUGAGCAAGGCUGCCUGGCUAGUGUGGGAGUCCUGACUCAGACCUGCAGGACCCAGCACCUCUACUCCAUCCUCCAGGCCACCAACUACAAUGGUCACACGUGUUUACACUUAGCUUCUAUCCAUGGCUAUUUGGGCAUCGUGGAGCUUUUGGUGUCUUUGGGUGCUGAUGUCAAUGCUCAGGAGCCCUGUAAUGGCCGAACCGCCCUCCAUCUUGCAGUGGACCUGCAGAAUUCUGAUCUCGUGUCACUCUUGUUGAAGUGUGGGGCUGAUGUCAACAGAGUGACCUACCAGGGCUACUCCCCAUACCAGCUCACCUGGGGCCGCCCAAGCACGCGGAUACAGCAGCAGCUGGGCCAGCUGACCCUCGAAAACCUUCAGAUGCUGCCAGAGAGCGAGGAUGAGGAGAGCUACGACACGGAGUCAGAGUUCACAGAGGACGAGCUGCCCUAUGAUGACUGUGUGCUUGGAGGCCAGCGCCUGACGUUAUGAGCUUCGAAAAGUAUCUAAAAGAACAUGGACUUGUAUAUUUGUACAAAAAGAGAGUUUUAUUUUUCUAAAAAAAAAGAAAAAAAGAAAAAAAUCAAAAGGGGGUACUUAAGACCACACUUCACACUGCCUGGCCCGAAACAUUUACUAUGGUGGAUCAGCCCUCAUUUUGUUAUUUUUGUGAACUUUGGAAGGGGGACAAGAAAGAUCAUUGGAAUUCAAAGAAAACAUUUUUCAAACCUCGUCUUUGUGGGGUUUUUGGAGGAGGUUAUGCAAAAUGUGACAAAAGGACAACAUUUUAUUGUGCUUUUUGAUUGAAUCACCAUAGAUUCCGUGGCUGAGCCUGGUGUGGGAUGUGUAACGACCAGGUGUGUCGUUAAACCUUUCAGGCAGGGAUGUGGGGUUAAAAGUCACUAUCUGUCAAGGUUUGUGUUAUCCUCCUGUAAAUGGUGUACAUUGUGUAUUUUGUUGGUAAUUAUUUUGGUACUUCUAAGAUGUGUAUUUAUUAAACAGAUUUUUACAAACCGAA